UUACUUUUAAAAUAUUCUUGUUUUGUAUUACCAAUUAAUUUCUUUAAUUAUCUGCAGUGUUAACAAAAAUGGAAGAGAUGCAGAAAGACAUCAAAGUACUGAAAGCUGCAUUGCUAGAUGAAGAUGAAAAAAUUACCGACAUAAUGCCAAGGCCGCUUAGCAGCAUAGAAGCACUUCAACAAUUUGAAGAACAAAUUGAUGAUGCCCUCCGGAAGAGACUAUUGAAUGUCCUUGCCAGUCUCCAAGGGGGUAGUGAUGCUGCAAAAAUAUGCAGAAAGAUAAUGCGGACAUGCAUGACAAAUGGAUGCAUGAGCCAGUUCAGUGGCACUGGCCAAAAGGGCAAGGCUAGAUUUAUGGACACCAAAUUAUUUACUAUUGUUAUAGGUGCUGGAAGAAAAGCUUAAAAAAAACCAACAAAUUUCAGUGGAAGAACUAAAGAAUGAGGUGUUUGAGGUGUUAAGAAGUGUCCCGAAUAAACCAGGAGACUCCAAUUACAUGAAGGUAUGUUUUAUUAAUAAUUUAAUUUAGAAUUCAUUUAAUAGGUAGACAUGAUGUUCAAAGUUAAUUAACAAGAGACCAUUUUCACAACAAACCACCAUUUUUUUUAAACAAAACUUUCGAUAGAUGUCUGUAUCGCUGGUACACUUCCAGAUUUUGGCUCUAGCUUCACUGAUGAGACCAAAUAGGUCGUUAUGUACAUUUGGUUCAACAAAAUUCACACAGAUACAUCCAACAACAAGUGGCCUUCAAAAUAACAAGGCCCCUUCUUCAUUGAUCUGAUUUGAUUGGAUUGGAAUUUUUAUUUUUAUUAAAACAUUUAUAAAUACAUUUUGCUUUGACAUCAAUUCUGACAUUCUUCUAAUAUCACAAAAUGUGGACAUAUAGUUUCGCAAAACUCUGUUGGAGUUUCCAUUAUUUUGAAUGUACUUGCGACUUGCAUGAUACUAUUGGGGAAAGCCGAUGUACUAAAUAAAUAUUCAUGUCCCUCCAUGAGAAGAGUGUCAAUUGAUAGCAUCUGUUGUUCUUUAACAUUUUUUGGUCUACUUUAUAGGGUUGUUAUAGAUAAAUAUAUAUAAAUGUCAAGCUCCAAAAUAAACCCAACAAUGUUAGACCUGUAUGAAAUUUACAACAAAUUUAUGUUCGUUCCCUCAUAUAUGUAAACUCUCAUUUAUCUGUUAUCUUUUUUAAAUAUAGAAACAAAAGGAAAAGAGGCGGAGGUGCUUGCCUGAAAUCCCAGAGGAUGACUGAUUGUGAGACGUUACAAAUUUCUACACUGUGUUUCGGAAAUCCCAGAGAACAGAGGAUGACUGAUUGUGAGACGUUACAAAUUUCUACACUGCGUUUCGGAAAUUCCAGAGAACAGAGGAUGACUGAUUGUGAGACGUUACAAAUUUCUACACUGCGUUUCGGAAAUUCCAGAGAACAGAGGAUGACUGAUUGUGAGACGUUACAAAUUUCUACACUGCGUUUCGGAAAUUCCAGAGAACAGAGGAUGACUGAUUGUGAGACGUUACAAAUUUCUACACUGUGUUUCGGAAAUCCCAGAGAACAGAGAAUGACUUACAAGACUUUAAAAAUUCCCCACUAUGUUUUUUAAAAUCCAAUGUUACUGUUAUAUUUGCCUUCUUUUCAUAUCUAAAUAGUAAAUAUUUUAAACUCUAAAUAAUAUCUUUUGAAUCCAUAUCUCCACAGG